AUGCCUAUUAUCUAUUCACUUGUAGCAAGAGGAUCAUCUGUUUUAGCAGAGUUCACAAGUACUAAUGGUAAUUUUGUUACAAUUACAAGAAGAAUUUUAGAUUUAAUCCCACCAAAUGAUACAAAAAUGUCCUAUGUUUAUGAAAAGUAUAUUUUUCAUUAUUUAGUUAGUGAUACAUUAACAUAUCUUUGUAUGGCAGAUGAAGAAUUUGGUAGAAGAAUACCAUUUACAUUUUUAGAUGAUGUAAAGAAUAGAUUUAAAUCAAUGUAUGGUGAUAAAGGUAAAACAGCAAUUGCAUAUGGUAUGAAUUCAGAUUUCUCAAGAACAUUGGAGAAUUUAAUGGAUCAUUAUUCAAAUACAACACGUGUAGAUACAAUGAGUCGUACAAUGGCUGAAAUUGAUGAAGUUAAAAAUAUAUUAGUUAGUGAUAUAGCUCCACAAUUAUUAAAACGUGGUGAGAAAAUUGAAAUGUUGGUUGAACGUACUGAUACACUCAAUCAACAAUCUUUUAAAUUUAAAAAACAAAGUAAACAAUUAAAAUGUGCAAUGUGGUGGAAAAAUGUUAAAUUAAUGUUAGUUUUAGGUGCUAUUGUACUUAUUAUUAUUUUCAUUAUUGUUAUGUCAUAUUGUGAUGGUUUCCGUUCAGGUUCAAAAUGUCGUUCAUCACCAUCAUCAAAUUCAACACCAACCCCAACUCCAACCGAAACCCCAACUCCAACUCCAACUCCAACUUCAACUCCAACUCCAUCACAAUUAUUAGAAACUCUAUUAAACCAAUUUUAG